AUUUGUUCAUGUUAGCAAGCCACAUUGUGUGUCACACAAUUUUUUCAUAUCAUAAUUGGUUUGCCAUGGUCGUGCCCUAGGACCCUCUACUUUCAUUUACCGUUUCCAACAUAUGUGGUGUUACUGCUAAGCCGGUAGCCUCAUGGCUGAGUUAGAUUCGCGGCAGUUCCGGGCCGGCUGCGCCCGCCUUCUGCGUCGCUCGCGGCAGCUGGGCGACGGCUGGCAGUGGCGUCAGGUUGGUGCCGACAGAUUCCUCGUGCGAGAGACUGUGGUCCCGGCUCCACCGCCCGCCGACGAUACCUGCGACAUCGACUCCGACGAUGGAGAGACCGACUCGGCGGCGGUGGCGGCGUGUCCGUCCGUCUGGCUGCUGGAGCACCACGUGGCGCUGAGCAGCUCGUACGGCGUGCCGCUGCUGCUGAUGACCGGCCGCGACCUGUCCGGCCGGCCGCUGGAGGCAGAGCAGGUGUGGCGUCUGGCGCCCGCAGAGCACGCCGACCACCUCCGGCGCCACGGCUGGGCCACGCUGUCGCUGCUGGAGCAUCCCGUGCUGCGCCGGCUGUUCCUGGCCGUACACCCCUGCCACACGGCCCGGCUGAUGGCACAGGCAACUGCUGCGGACCGCUCGGAGGUGGUGAUCGGCGGCGGCGGGGAGGUACCGAGCUGCGGCGGGGACGCUGUCGCCUUCUCUGACUCUCAGAGCAGGGUGAGUGAUGUCAGUGUCUGUGCUGAUCAAGGCGGCCCGAGGAAUUCUGAAAGUUCCGACGCAGAGUCUCAGCCGUGUGGUACAGUCGAACUCGAGCGUAGCGUGGCCGUAGAGACCGCAGCUAGCGACGUCGGAACAGCAGUGGGACAGAGUGAUCAGGACCGGACCAAUGGAUGUGAACUUGACGAUACUGGUCUCUGCACUGAGCAGGAGGAGCGGGCAUACCGCUACCUUAUACUCUGGCUCAGUAUGUUCGGGCCCAUUUGCGGACUGACCUUACACGAGGCCUAUGCUUUUUAGAUUGUGAUGUGCGUCAAGGGGUGUGUAUUGUGAUUGCCACCGUACGCCGUACGGUGCAUUUGCUCAUUGUGUUUGUAUUUUAUGUGUUAUGUGCCGUUGCUCUGUGGUUCAUAUUCGUAGCCGAUUACCUGAGUCAGUCAUAGGUGCGGUUGUUGCAUUUGUCUGUAUCGCCGUCACAUGCCUCCCUCUCAAAGCAAUUACUUUGCAAAUGCUACAAAGCUUUCUGUGUUAAGUUGGUGUAAUUCGGAUGAGUAAAAGUAUCGCACUGUG